ACACACACACACACCUGUCUCUGAGGUUUCUCUCAGCCUCACUCUCACUCAGGACCUCCGCUGCACAUCAGGACUUUGUCUUCUUCUUCUGCAGUCUUGAUUUUUCGAACCCAGCUCUUCCAGCUCUCCUCAGCAUUUCCAAAAUUUCUUACAUUUUUCUCCCACCUCUGUGAUGUGCUUUUCCCGCGCUGUCCCCCAGCUACAGUUAGCCGCGCGCAUUUACGCGCAGCCUGACGCAGCACGUGCAGCCUGAAAACGGAGGAUAUUUCGGCGUCAUCAUUAUUUGUAAGUCCACGCGAGUUCAUGUUUAAGUUCUGAUGGACAGCAUUCAUGAGUAAAAUGUAAUUUUACAGAAUAUAACAGUGAUUCAAGCUCAGUGUAAAGAUAUUUGGAGGGUUUUGUGGAUGUUUUUUUAAGACAGGUGAGGAGGAGUGAAAGACUGACCAACAGUUGAAUCCCACCUUUAUUCUCCAGUUAGUCUUUUCUUUUUAUUAUUUUAUCAUUUAUUGUAUCCCUUAUGAUGAAGGACAGGCUAUUUAUUGACGCGCAAAGACGCUUAAACUCUGUUAAAAUUGAUGUGAACACAUGCACACACACUGGAGAAACAAAUUCAAUAACUGGGAAUGCUGUUGCAUAAAUUUACACUUUGCCCCUUAAAAAUAUUGAAUUUUCUUCUUUUGUUAGAUAAUCUUAUCAUUGUGCGUUUCUAUUGUAUAUUAAUCGCUUUUUAAAACUUUCUCAUCUAGAGAAAAAAAGGUCUUUUUUUUAAAUCAGAAAUGCAACUGGGGAAUCCUCAGGAGACUUUACGGACAGACUUGUGCAAUUUAUGGCCAAAAGUAUGUGGACACUGUGUCUGUCUUUCCUCCUACAUUAAAAUCUAAAUAGUCCAUGGUACUAGUUAAUAGAUAUUAAUACUAAUAAAGUGAGGUUUUAGUUUUAUCAACAAUUUAUUUAUUUGUCUUUUUAAAUAACGAAGCUCUUGUGCACAGAACAAGCUCCUAUUAAGAGACCUAACUUCAAUAUACAAUUUAAGAGAUAACCUGGGUCCAUAUAUGUGAUCCAGACCUCCUGAUCAGUCAAUCUCUGAGCUAAACCUGUGCUGAUGCUCUGAGACUCAAUGACUGUAAAUCUAAGCAGCUGAUUCAACAUGUGGAGGACAGACUGAGUGAUUCUGUGUGAUGGAGUCUACAAACUUUUGACCACAUGGUUAAGCACAGUUAUGUUCCAGCAAAGGAAAAAAAAUCUGAAAUAAAACAAAAGGGACUUUUAUUUUGAAAUGUAUAAAGUAACAGGGGUGUUGAUCAUCUCCAUAUCAACACACACUCUGCUGGCACACGCACACACGUGCACACACAUGCACACACACACUCAACUCAUUCACACACAUUCUCUCUCUCUGUCUCUCUGUAGGGAAUCCUCCCCCCCUUCUCCCCUCUUGCCCUCCUCCCUCUCCUUCAUCUUCAUCAUCAUCAUCAUCACCACCUCAUGCUCCAGGACUUUGGCCUUGACACUGUUGACGUUUCCAUGGAGACCCUGGCCCCAGUUUGGGUCUGUGACCCCCAUGACCUCAGUGACCUCAGAGAGGAGCAAGAAGAGCUGCAGUCUGUGUGGGGUGAGGAGAGGCAAAGAGGACUAAAUGUUUGAAAGCAGUCAGAAAAUUAACAACAUGAAAAGUUAAAUAACAAUAACACUGUUAAUAAUUUGCAUUGAUUAAAACAAAAAAAAAACACACACACACUGCGUUAAGAUUUUAACAAAGGUAAAAAAAAACUAAGAAUUUACUUCAAAAAACAAAAGUCAAAGCAGACUUUUUCUCUUAACUCUUGGCAAUCUAACUAUUUUUUCUGCUCAGUUAGUUACACUCAGCUACAGCCACAGUAUUUCAAUAAUAAAAGCUUAUAUCCCCUGAAAUCAUUUCACGUAAAACAUAAAAUAUGCACAAAACUCAAAAUAUAUACAGUAUAUAAAAAAUUGGAAAAACUGAAAAUUUUACUAACAGCAAAGCGAUUUCAAAAACUACACAAAUUGUUUUAAGAUGUAAAAAUAUUUUACAAACUGCAAGAAAUGUGCAAAAAAAAAUUGUAGUGUAAAUAAUCCAUUCAGAUAAGGUUGAAAUUAUCUUAUAUAAUCUUUUAAAAAUGUAUUUAUGACAUUAAACAGCGAGCAGAAAAUUUUAUUUCAUAAAUGCAUUUAUUUAAAUAUAUAAAUUUAUACAAGGAUUUUUUUUUAACCCCAAAAGUUGCUAAAGUGAAACAUAUCAUAAAAGGUAAAAAAGAAUACAAAUCCCCCAAAACUUUACAAAAUAUCAAAAAUAAAUACAGAAAUUAAGAAAUAGGCUAACAAAUUUCCCACAGAAAACACACACAAAAAAAAUUUAAUCAUAAGAAAAAAAAUUAAAAUAGCAAAAAAAUUUUACUGAAAUUUAUAGAAAUGCCAAAAUAGCAAAAAAUGCAAACAUUAUCAAGAAAUAAAAAUAUUUUACAAAACCUAAAAUAAUUAAAAUAAAAUUUAUUUUAAAAAAUGUGAAAAAAUUUUUACAAGUUACAAAAUCUUAAAAGGCAACAAAGUUAAAAUGCAAAAGUUUCUCAAAAUAAUUUUUUUGUGUUCUACAUAAAAAAAAUGUUUAUUUUUGACAUAUUUUUCGGUUCAGUGAAAAAACUGCAUUUGGGGAAAAGGUUUUUUGUCAUUCUGUGAAAUAUAUUUGUGACCAUGAAAUGUUUAUUUUUCUGCACUGGUAUAACAUCAUAAAAAGCUUAAAAAACAGCCCAAUGUUGGCCUCAACUUUGGGAUUGCACUUAAGUGGACUCAUUCAGCUGUUUCUGAUUUACAAACAGAUCAUUUCUUGCACACAGGGUGCAGACAUACUGCAUCUAAAUGGUUUCAAGUCAAGCUAUACUUUCGUUUCUCUGAGGAAUGUGCAGCGACAUGCAGAAACUUCGGUUAUAUAUAAUCAGGGUUUAAUACACAAAACUGUAAUACUUUGCAGUUAUUGGAUCAAAUGUAUCCAAAGCAUGGUGGAGCAGACCAAAAACAACUGUACUACAACUGUUGUCUUCCUUUAAUAGGAAGACAACUUAAUAUCUUAGGAGCCAGUCCAUAUUUAGAGACACCAAAUACUGGGUCAUGCAAAUUUUUUACUAUCACAUUAUAAACUUCUUAGUUUGGUUCAGAAGUUAAAAUAGUCUUUUUUUUAAUGAGAAACAGUGUGAUAUGCUGUAGUGUUUCUGAAUGCAGCCUUACUUUGCUGACUGAAAUGAAAGUUUCCUUUCUUUCUUUCUUAAAUGCCACAUUCAGCAGAGGUGGACUCUCAUUUAUCAAACAGAGCAGUUUCCUGCUUUCCUCUGUGAACUCUGGGUAACCAAACGCUCCGGCUGGUUCCACACCAGUGCGUCAUCCCCACUCACACUCAGAAAUAUCCGGAAGAGUUUGUAUUAAGAUUCAUCUUUUAAUUUUCUCAGUGUCUCUUCAAUGCAAGCGUUCAAUUCAUCAGGACGCUCUGAGCUGUAAUCUGAGGCGCUGAUAGGAGUCAUAACUGCAGUUCCUUUGAUGGCCACUAGAGGCUGCUCACAAAGUAACCCUUUGUUAAUAGAACACAGUCUUAAAGCAAGCUGUUUUUGUGUCUUUGCAGGUCCUCAGAGUGUUUUUAACAGUCCUCCUCCUCCUUCUGAUGAGACCUGGACGGAGCAGCUCACUCCUCACCUUCAGAGAAACAAACAGGUUGGAGCCCAGUACCAUACAAAGAUCUAACUGUUAAUUAAUGCAAUAUUUAGAUGCUUUUCUCAGGUGAAAGGCUGUUAUUCCCGUAAUCCCAAAUGAGGGCAUAUUUAAGGUUAUAGGUUUCAUUUUUGGGUCAUAAAUGUUUGUUUUAAUUGUUUCCCAGCUGCAGGACACUCUGCUGCAGAGAGAGGAGGAGCUGGCCAGGCUGCAGGAGGAGAACAACAAACUUAGACAGUUUUUUGACUCCUCUUUUGUGAGGAACCUGCAGCUGAAAGCAAAGGUCUGUUCACUCCCCUUAUUCAUGAUAUUAAAUGGCAAACUGCUCAGACAAAGCAUUAAUCAUGAAGCAGCUUCAAAUCCUGUGUUGUAUUAACCUGUUCCUGUGGGUGCAUCAGAUUCUAUUAAACCUGCACUUCUUCCUGUAACUGGACGAAUUUUAUUAGACUUAGAGUUUGUGUUUGUGUGGCCUCGAACCAGAUCCCUGAGGUAUCUUGUUUCACACUUAUCACUGAGGAAAAUUUCAAAGGUUUUCACUAACAUGACACACACCAUAAUAAAUCAGUGCACCAACAUUUUUCAGCCAUAUGUUUACUUUAAUACUUGUGAAGUACCCUCUGUUGGCUGCAGCAGUUUAAAUGAAGUUAAGCAUCAGUGGAUGAUGUUUUAGUUAUUCCAGCCUUUGAGCUUCACAGCCCGGGGAAAGUUUCUAUUCCAGUUAAACUGAGUCGAUCUCGUGGAUAUGACACGCCUGGUGUUGACAGUGAUUUUGUUCCUCUGUUGUAGAAACUCACCGUUGAUGGGAGGAGGAAGCUGAAAAGAAAUCUGAUGUACUCUGCUGACGGGCCUCUCCACACCUGUGGUCAUCAGCUCUUCACCUCCAAGCAUAUCAGCAAGAGAGUGUGCAGGAAUCUCACUGCCGAGUUCUGCUCUGAGUCCUCUGAGACAUCCUCCUCCUCAGAACCAAACCUUGACCUCUGGGUACUCCGAACGCUUGGACUGAAGGAUCGAGAUACAAUCGACACGUCUGAAACCUGCUCUGACCACAGUCUCAGCACUUUAGUUUACAACCAUGCUGCCUCCCCUUCUUCACCAUCUGAGCACAGCUCAUCCUUCAGCCAGUCCUUCAGCUCUUCUUCUGCAUCGUCUUCAGUCCUCAGCUGCUGCCAAAGAUCUACACCUGAAGCUGAUCACGGUUAUGGCACCAUCGAAUACCAGGAGAUAAACUGUAGUAAUCCUCCAAAGUCCUCACAUAGCUGCACCACUUCUCCAGGCCAACACUCUGACUUCACUGCCUUUGGUGGACAUACUGGAUCUCCUGAUGCUGUGAUCAGGAGCUGUGACACCCUCACUGCCCCCCAGGCUCCACCACAAGACCCACCCUUCACUCAAACAACAGAUCAUUUCCAGACUACUGCCCCGAGUCCAGUCCAAACUCUGGAGGGAAACCCCACAAAUCAUCCAGCCUACUGGUCCCCACUCAGGUGCAGCCAGACACUAUCACAGGAUGCUAUCCAGUUCAGUCUACAUGGUGAGAGAGUCCAUUUCUCCCCCACUGCCUACUCCAGUCCAGCCAUGAGCCAGUUCAGGACACCAGUCCAUGGCAGCAGUCCCAUGAGUCCAUCAGCCAGAUCUCUACCUCCUACCAGACCUCAGACCCCUCACAGCCGCACAGAUUUGGCAUUCAGUAUGUCCCUUAGCCCAUCCAGCAGUGUCAAAACCCACAGCUUCCCUCAGGGACAGGCCUUCAUAAGAAAGGACAAUGGGGGAAGGUGGAACUUCACCUGGGUGCCCAAACAAGGACCAUAAGCAGCAUGAAUGUUUUCCCUCAAAGGGACUCAUGAUCAGAUUUCUUCCCCUGCAAACUGGAGACUUCAACUUCAGUUCAAACUUUGCUAUAAAUUCAGGGGGAAUUUGUUGCUGGGUCAUAAAAGUGCUGCCUUCGUCCUUUACAUGAUUCUGGUUUUGAACCAAGGACCAAGCAACUCAAACAUUUAUUUAAAGGGGUUUUGAACUUCUGUCAAAAGGUUUGUUACUGUAAGGUCUUAAAAUGAUCCUGACAUCAAAAGCAGAUCUAGUCAACAUCUUUCAAGUUAUUAGAUAGUUUAAAGUGAAGGAGUCAGAUGCUGUAAACUUUAAUGCAGUUAAACUAACCAGCAUGUGUCUAGAACAAAGUAGAAUAUUUCACAUUUAGUUGUGUCAAUAGCUAAGUCAAUGUACAAGCGUAACAUUAAAAAUGAACACAACUGCCGUACAGUUUUUAAAUUCUAAGUUUGUUUGUUGUUAAACUGUGAAACUGCCACUUCUGAGCAAAUGUAAAUGUUUUUUUUUUUUGUCUUGCACCCUCAGUUUUAUUUAUUAAACGCAAUUUAGGAGUGGAAGAACCCAAAAAGGAGCCACAAAAAGAUUACUGCUUCAGAGUAAAGGGGGAUAACCUUUCUGCCAGCUUAGAGACAUUUUUAGGUUUAAGAGAUAGCUGAAUGUCAUCUGCAUAGUAAAGAUAAGACACAUCUCUAAGAUACUCCAUGUGAGAAGGGACAGAGCAAACAACAGAGGACCCGGGACAGAACCAUGAGGGACACUAUGAGACUGAGAUUAGAGUCUUCAUUGCACUGGUCAUAGGAUCAAUUCCUUGUCACUCUUGCCCCUCAUUCCUCUCUCUUGGUCUGAUCUGUCAAAUAAAGGCAAAAAGCCAAAAAAAUGAUCCUCAGAAUUUCAUGUACAUGGUUCUCACAGGACAACAUAAUCUCAAGAGUUAAAAAUAUAUGAUGGGCCAAUGUAUUUAUUUUAAGAAAAUAUUAGUUUUAGAGAUAAGCAUUAUGAAUGACCAUUGACACUUUUUGUUGGAAUAGUCUUCUCAUAAAAGACUUUAAUACAUAUUGAAAAUAUUGAAUAAAUAAUGCAACAUGUGAACUUGUGCCAUUUUACAAGGUACAGUUCCAUCUGUGUCCAAUAAAAGUGAUAUUUUCAUAACCCAGGGAAUGUGACAAAUACAAACUUACAGAAGCUCAUCAUGCUUGGAAAUUUCUGAUUUUUUUGCUGCCACUGUCACUCCACCAUGUCAUCUGUUUGCUGUUCUUUUGUAUAAAAAUAAAGUGAAAUACCUGAAGGGAAUUUAAGUACAUAUUUCAUUUACAUAGAGACAGUUUUUACUAUUUUAGACCCAUCAUGUCACGUUCAAUGAGGUUGUAAAUCUUCCCAUAAGACUGUUUUUGGUUGUGAUAAUUAUUCUGAAAAAAAAAACACCACAUAAACCCUGAUUCACAGA